AUGGUGGAGGUAGAGGUGGUGCAUAUGGAGGAAGGAUGUGGUGGUUGUAGUGGUGAUGGUAGCGGACUAGCAGGAGGAGGAUGUGGCGGUGGUGGCAACUUGGUGGUGGUGGUGGUGGUGUUGGUAGUGGAGGUGGAGGAGGAGGUGGGGGUUGUGGUGGUGGAGGAGGAAAUGGUGGUAGUGGCGGUGCUGGUGGAGUUGGUGAAGGUAGAGGUGGAGGUAGAGGCAGUUACACCACGAUACUGCAAUAGAGCUGCACAUGAGGUAGCAGCCUAUUUUAGCCAAGUGGUGUUUUCUUUCACACCACGAUACUGCAAUAGAGCUGCACAUGAGGUAGCAGCCUAUGUUUCUAGGAUGGGUGGUAAUCAUGUCUCGAAUCAAGCAGGUCCAACAUGGGUCCUUAAUAUUUGGCUAGUGAUGUAA